UGUUGACUCAGUAACACUCAAUGUUGGUAACACUCUUUUUGUUUUGGCCACUGUUGAAUCAGUAACUUAUCGUAUUUUCAGAUUUUAUGAUAAGCAUAACGAAGUUGUGAACUUCGUCCGCCUGUCUAAAACACGCCAUGUCUACUUAAUUUUUGGUCACCGUUCUGCAAACACAUCAUAGUUCUUAAAACUUGUGCAAUUAAUGAUCCGAGAUCGAACGAAAGAGGAUGGCAGAUAGUCAAAAUGGUAAACAUAAUGGACUGAUGCCACAGUGCAGUGAUGAGGGGGUGGAGGUGGCAGAGGAAGCCCUGGACACGAUUAGUCACUCCAAAGAGAGGGGUGUGUGGGGUACAAAGGCAGAGUUCAUAUUGUCCUGUGUCGGAUUCGCAGUCGGACUUGGAAACGUAGUUCGCUUCCCAUACGUCUGCUAUGAGUCGGGAGGCGGCGCCUUCCUCAUUCCCUUCUGUGUGUUCCUCGUCAUCGCAGGGAUCCCAAUGUUCUUCCUAGAACUGGCAGUCGGUCAGUUUUCCAGCUCCGGGCCAAUUACAGUGUGGCGAUGCGCACCUCUAGUUAGUGGGCUGGGCUACUGUGUAUGCUGUAUUUGCUUCCUGUUGACGUUCUACUAUUCAGUGAUAGUUGCAUGGUGCAUGUACUACCUCUUCAAUAGCUUCAGUUCCCCCCUCCCCUGGUCUCAGUGUAACGACGACCCUAGGUGCAUCGGGGUCCCCUGUGGAUCAAAUGCAACGGAUAAUUCCUCAGUCGACUGUAAAGAAGCGCAGAUGUCGCCAGCGGCUCUGUUCUAUUUCAAAAAUCUACUGGGCAUCACUACAUCGAUCGAAGAGGUAGGCGAGUUCCAGUACCACAUUGCAAUCUGUCUCUUUCUCACCUGGCUUCUCAUCUUCCUCGCCCUAAUCAAGGGCAUCCACAGUCUGGGCAAAGUGGCUUAUGUCACAUCAGUGCUGCCCUACAUCCUUCUCACAGCCCUUCUCGUAUUCUCAAUAACCUUACCCGGUAGUGGAAACGGAAUAAUUUACUACAUCAAACCCGACUUCGCUAAACUAGCCGACCCUGUGGUGUGGAAAAGCGCGGCGUCCCAGAUUUUCUUUUCUUUCGGGAUCGGCUGGGGAUGUUUGAUUGCGUUUUCCAGUUACGGCAAGUUCGACAACAACUGUCUCAGAGACGCAGUGCUUGUCAGUAUUCUGGACUGCGCUACCAGUAUAUUCGCUGGUUUUGUCAUCUUCGCAAUCAUUGGAUUCAUGGCACAUGAACAGGGAACAACUGUGGGUAGGGCAAUUGAGAAUAGCCCUGGACUCGCUUUCGUCACCUACCCGACCAUCGUGAACGAAAUCAAGUUCCCCCAAGUGUGGGCAGUACUUUUUUUCGUCAUGCUUAUAGUCCUCGGAGCCGACACUCUUUUCGCACUCGUCGAAGGAGUGGUGACUGCAAUUUGCGACAGAUUCCCUCAUAAAUUGAGAACCAGAAAGAUGUAUGUUACCCUAGCCUAUUGUUUGUCCAGUCUAUUCUGUGGCAUUUUUCUCUGCUUCGGAAACGGACUAUACGUUUACACUCUGUUCGACAGCUUUGUGGCAAGUAUCAACCUCCUAAUCAUUGGAAUUCUGGAGUUAAUUAUAAUCAGUUGGGUUUACGGCGCUGAUCGAUUCAUAGAUGACAUAAGCUUCAUGCUGCAGUAUGAUGUAAACAGGUUCUGGAAAUACGUCUGGCAAUUCGUUUCUCCUCUAUCUCUUCUCAUAGUUUUAGUCCUGAGUUUAAUAAACUACUCUCAAGCGACAGUUCAAACUCUAUACGGGACCUACACGUACCCCUUAUAUUGCGAGUGUAUAGGUUGGGCCAUGGUUAUUCUGCCCUUCUUCUUUAUACCCUGCGUUGCGAUUUCAAAAGUGUCAGCAAUUGAAGAAGGAACACUUAGGGAAAAAGUGGAAAAGUUACUCAAGCCGGAUCUAAGCUGGGGUCCGAGGAAUAUCGAUGACUGGGUGCGAGAUCGAGAGAGGAGACCGGAAUUAUAUGAAAAGAACGACAAGUACACAGAUUGUAUCGAAACGAGUGCUUAAUAUUUAUCUUAUCAUAAUAAGAGUGUCAUCUUUGAUCUUGACUUUUAUUUUCUAUCUAGAUUCUUAUCGGACUGGCAUCCAUUAUCAGUUGUCUGUGAAUAAAGGCAAGUGAGUUUGAAGUAUCUCUGUUCAGUGAGCCAAUCAAUUUUAAAGUCAAGGUUAUUUGGUGAUAUAUUACUUCAAUAUAUAUUUUUGAUUGGGGCUUCUUAUGCAUUUUUAUUUUUCGUUUGAUUAUUUUUUUUGCGAUUUUUUGCUAUUUCAGUUGUUAAUUGUAUAGGUUCGAUUCCUACUUAAGGGUUAUGAAAUAAUGCUUUAUGUUGAGAGAGAUUCCAAAUUAUCUUCAAUUGCCUUAUAUAUGAAUUAAUUAUUGGAGGACAUGAAUUGAAAUGGCUGAUAAGAAUUGGAAAA